UUGUGAUGGUAGAGGAGGUUGGCAACACUAGUCAGCUGAUGAUGGUAAACAAUGAGCUCCAGCUCCACCACAUGAAUUACCUUUAAUAGGGAGAAGCUCCAUGAGUCACACCAGUAGGGGUUUGGUGCAGGACGGCAGCAGUACGCAGGAUGGAGUGCUGCUCUGCUCCUUGGCAGAACUCAAGCUGCGGUUCUUGUGCCCUAGUGAUUUGCCUGAGGUUAAAACAUUGUGUCGAGAAUGGUUCCCAAUUGAAUAUCCUGAUGUUUGGUACGAAGAGAUCACAACUAAUCCUCGUUUUUAUGCACUGGCUGCAACUUUUCAUUCACAAAUCAUUGGCCUACUGGUGGCAGAGACGAAGCCUUUGUCUAAGAUGAAUAAGGAGGACCAAGAUAUUUUACCUCCAUCCCUGACUGGUCAGACACAAAUUGGCUACAUCCUGACACUUGGUGUAAGUGAUGCUCAUCGUGGCCAUGGAAUCGCCUCAUUGUUAUUGGACAACUAUCUGGCCCAGUUGUCUGCUCAUGAGUCACCCCGCGUACAAGCUGUGCUCUUACAUGUCCUCACCACAAAUCACCGUGCCAUCGCCUUUUAUCAACGACGCAACUUUGUGCGCCACACUUUUCUACCAUAUUAUUACAACAUAAAAGGAAAACCCAAAGAUGGCUUUUCCUAUGUCCGAUACGUUAAUGGGGGACAUCCACCGUGGACACUCCUAGAUUAUUUACAACACUGGACUCACACACUAUCUGUGGUGGAGGUGUGCUGGUGGCCAGUGCGAAUUAUGUCUAAAUUUUGGGGCCUUAUUGCUCGAUCUGCAACUGCUGUCAUGACCCAUCGUCUCUCCUAGCACAAGGUUAAGGUUGUGAAAUUGAGAACUGCAGAUCCAACUUACAUAACAGAUGGUUAUGUAGUUACACUGAUGCAGGAAUACUUGUAACUUUUUUGUAGAUGUAAAAUCAAGAGAGAACACAGUUCUUUAGAGGACAUCUCAUCAUCAGGUAUAUAUUUUAUUACAAAUGCUUAGGCACUCCAGGAGGUUCAAGACACAUGGCAUUUUUUAUCUCAACUUUGAUACAUAAAACUUAAACCUUAUUAUUUUUUUUUAAUAUUAUUCAGCAAACCAUUAAUUAAUGUUUGGAAAUUAAAAAAAUAUACGUAUUCUUUUUUUUUUAAGUUCCACAUUUUUUUUUUUUUUUAAGUUUAUAGUUCUGUACUGUACAGUAUAGUAAGCCCCUUGGAAAUGAGUCAUGAUUGUUAAAGUAAUUUGAGGCACAUAAGUGCUAUUUUUUUAACUAAUCCACCCAUUUUGGUUUGAGGUUAUCAUCAAAACAUUUUUACUCUGUACUGUAUUUUCUCUAAAUAUUCAUAUAAGCCCUUCAAAUAACAAAGGAAGAAACCCAAGUAAAUUAGGUUCUGCUUCCCCAUUACAGAGUAUUGCAGGUUGCCUGUAUCUGAACAAGAAUGCUGUUUAAAAUAUCCACCCAUUUGCCAAUAGAAAUUUUUUAUUUUGAGUCAUACUCCUGACAUAUUUAAAGUUGAGUCAUGCGGGUGCCGGCACGACUAUUGUAGGUAACUGGAAGGGUAAUUCCACAAAAAAAGAGAUUGUGAAGGUGUUGAUUCAUGUAGUUGCCUCAGACCAACUGUUUUGGGAUAAUUCUAAUGUUUGAGCAGUUUUGGACAAACAUAGUUACUAUCUCCAACUUUCUUUGACAUAAACUUUGCUGUUUUAUAGGUUUUACUCUGUGUCUUCAUUUGAAGAAGUGAUACAGUUAAAAAGUAAAUUAUCCUCAGGAGCCAAAAAAGGAGUGUGUGUAUGUGUGUGUGUCAAUGAUCAGCAGAUACAGAAUUCUUUACCAUUGAAAUAAUUGUUCUUUGCAUUUAAUUCCAUCAGUACAACAUUGUAGAUAUAAUAAUUAAUAGUGUAUGGUGUUAUUUAAUUAUUACUACCGAAAGUCAGGUAAUUUAUUGUUGAAAAUGUUAUUACGUAGUACCGUACAAAAUUAUAUACAUAGGCUUUAUCAUUUUUAAUGUUAUUUAUGCAAGCUUAUCAUAAAUUACUAUCAUUAGGUCUUUAUAUUCAGUCAUACUGCAGGGAUUUUUAUGAUUUUCGUGAUACAGUAUGCAGAAUGGGUGAACAAUUGCAGAUCUGUUAGUAGAAAUUUAUGUGUAGCAGUCUUAAUGUUCCUCAGAUCCCAGUGUAAUUUAUUGAUACCGUAUACGGUUAUGAUUCCGUAAAAUUAUUUAUCCUUGUAUCAUAUGACCUGGUUGUCACUCCUCCAUGCACCUACAGUAUAUGAUAAUGAAAUUACUAUUAGCACAUAACGGAACUAAAGAUAGAAAGUUCCACAUGUGACUGGGAAGAAAGCAGGUUACAUUUUGUACUUUUGUUCCCAUCAUUUAUAGUGUAAAAUGUUAUAUUUUCCCUUGUUAACAAUAUAUAUUUUUUUUAAGAUUACUGUAUAAUGAUUACUAUAGUCAAAUACAUCUAAUCUUGUUUAACAUAUUACAGUAGUCCCUCGCAAACUGCGGGAUUUUGGUUCCUGAAAACCCUGUGGUUGGCAAAUCCGCGAUUGGCAAAACUAAAAUAGCUUAAUAUGAAUAAAUGGUAAUAUAAAUUUUACAAUAUAUCUCCUGGAGAUGGCAUGUUGUUACUAUAAAAUAAGAAAAAUGAAGAGCAUUGGUGUGUAUGUGUGUGAAGUGAACAUGUCUGUGUGUAGACUUGGCAGGUUGCCAAAGUAGACUGUCCGUAUAGCUACUUCCCCAUAGCUCUCCCUCUACCAGGGCAAGCUUUGUUAUUUGUUAUUGUUAUUUUUCAACUCAUAUUUUAAGGUAGAUAUAUUGUAUGUAUUUUUUUUUUUUUUA